AUGGAUGGUGAACUGUACGAUGAGUUCGGCAACUAUAUCGGCCCGGACUUAGAAUCUGACUCAGAAGAUGAGCAGAGUGUAUAUGGGGGUGAUAAUCGGGAGGCAGAUGAUGAGGCUAUGGAGGAAGACGAGGAUGCUGAUGCAGAGCCUGAAGUGGCGCCUAUGUCUGUCGUCCUUCAUGAGGACAAACGCUACUAUCCACAAGCCAUUGAAGUAUAUGGUCCAGAUGUUGAAACAGUUGUUCAAGAAGAAGACACCCAAGCCCUGGACAAGCCACUGAUUGAGCCAGUUAAACAUAAAAAGUUUCAACUCCAAGAGCAACAGUUGCCACACACUGUAUAUGAUAUGGAGUAUUUGGCUGAUAUGCUUGAUAAUACAAAUUUAAUGAGAAAUAUCACCCUGAUGGGACAUUUACAUAAUGGAAAAACGUCAUUUGUUGACUGUUUAAUGCGUCAAACACACCCUGACACAAUUAAUAAUGAUACAACCAUACCAAUGAGAUAUACAGACACUCUGUUUGUGGAGCAGGAAAGGGGGGUGUCCAUAAAAUCAAUGCCUGUGACACUCCUUUUAAAGGACAUAAAGGGAAAAUCCCAUUUGCUGAAUAUCAUGGAUACCCCAGGACAUGUUAAUUUUAGUGACGAAGUAACUGCGGCUUUAAGAAUUUCUGAUGGUGCCAUUCUAUUUGUUGAUGCUGCUGAAGGCAUAAUGCUAAAUACUGAACGAUUACUCCGUCAUGCGGUACAAGAACGAGUUCCACUUACGAUUUGUAUCAACAAAAUUGACAGAUUGAUUUUGGAACUCAAACUUCCCCCAGCAGAUGCUUAUUAUAAAUUGAGACAUAUUAUUGACGAGCUGAACUCAGUUUGUGAAACCACUCACUCGCAAGAUAAUCCUGAUGAACCUGUGACUGUCUUUUCGCCUUUGUUGGGAAACGUCUGCUUUGCAUCUUCACUCUACGAUGUCUGUUUUACAUUGGAGUCAUUUGCCGCAAUGUAUGCUAAUACACAUAGUUCAAGUGGCCUAAGAGCUUCAGAUAUGGCAGCUUGGCUAUGGGGAGAUGUUUACUUUAAUGCCAAAACAAGGCGGUUCAGCAAGAAACAACCACACUCUUCUGCACAGAGAAGUUUUGUGGAAUUUAUUUUGGAGCCAUUGUAUAAAAUAUUCGCACAGGUGGUAGGAGAUGUAGACACCACGCUACCAGAUGUAUUAGCGGAGUUAGGUAUCAAAUUGACCAAGCAAGAGUCCAAAUUAAAUGUGCGUCCAUUAUUGCGACUUGUAUGCAGUCGGUUCUUUGGUGAUUUUUGCGGCUUCGUGGAUAUGGUGACCCGCCAUGUGCCGUCCCCGUUGGACGCUGCCCCGCGUAAAGUGGCUCACUGUUAUCGUGGCGCUUCUGGUCCGUUAUACGAUGACAUGCUCAAUUGUGAUCAGUCAGGUCGACUCGUCGCUCAUACGACUAAGAUGUAUCCGACUGAUGAUUGCACAUUCUUUUUGGUACUUGCCAGAAUAAUGUCUGGCACGUUAUACGCGGGGCAGACGGUCCGGGUGUUAGGUGAAAACUACAGUACACAAGAUGAAGAAGAUUCUAGGAUGAUGAACGUUGGACGGCUUUGGAUUUUUGAAGCCAGAUAUAAGGUAGAACUAAACAGAGUACCUGCAGGAUGCUGGGCGCUCAUCGAAGGUAUCGACCAGCCCAUAGUGAAGACGUGUACCCUUGUCUCAGCUGACGAGGAGGAGGAACUUCAUACCUUCAGACCCUUGAGGUUCAACACUCAAGCCAUUGUUAAAAUAGCUGUGGAACCUGUCAACCCUUCGGAGCUGCCGAAGAUGCUUGAUGGGUUGAGGAAAGUAAACAAAUCUUACCCAGUACUUUCAACAAGAGUGGAAGAAAGCGGUGAACAUGUUAUAUUGGGAACAGGCGAACUAUAUCUGGACUGUGUAAUGCAUGAUCUCAGGAAUAUGUACUCGGAGAUUGAUAUUAAAGUGGCUGAUCCGGUGGUAUCAUUCUGUGAGACGGUAGUGGAAACAUCUUCCCUCAAAUGUUUCGCGGAGACACCGAAUAAGAGAAACAAAUUGACAAUGAUAGCUGAACCUUUGGAACGAGGAUUAGCUGAAGACAUCGAGGCUGGAGCUGUUUGUGUCACAUGGGACAGGAAGAGAUUGGGAGAGUUCUUCCAGACAAAAUACGACUGGGACUUGCUAGCCGCUCGAUCAAUUUGGGCGUUCGGACCAGAUUCGACGGGUCCAAAUAUAUUGGUCGAUGAUACGCUACCCUCAGAGGUUGACAAGCAUUUGCUCGCCUCCGUCAAGGAUAGUAUUGUUCAAGGUUUCCAAUGGGGUACCAGGGAAGGUCCAUUAUGUGAAGAGCCGAUACGAAAUGUGAAAUUUAAAAUUUUGGACGCGGUGAUCGCCCAAGAGCCCUUACAUCGUGGUGGAGGACAGAUAAUACCUACAGCUAGACGGGUGGCAUAUUCGGCUUUCUUAAUGGCAACACCGCGUUUGAUGGAGCCCUAUUUGUUUGUGGAAGUGCAAGCACCAGCUGAUUGUGUGUCGGCGGUUUACACAGUUCUAGCUAAACGGAGAGGUCAUGUAACUCAAGAUGCACCGGUGCCUGGUUCUCCUUUAUAUACAAUCAAGGCAUUUGUGCCAGCCAUAGAUUCGUUCGGCUUUGAGACCGAUUUACGAACUCACACGCAGGGACAGGCCUUCUGCCUUCAAGUGUUCCAUCACUGGCAGAUUGUGCCUGGAGAUCCCUUGGAUAAGAGUAUAAUUAUACGGCCCUUAGAGCCCCAGCCAGCAACUCACUUGGCUCGUGAAUUCAUGAUAAAGACACGUAGACGUAAGGGGCUUAGUGAAGAUGUCUCUAUUAACAAGUUCUUCGACGAUCCUAUGUUGUUGGAGCUUGCUCGACAAGAUGUCCAGUUUAAUUAA